GGCGGCCUCCCCAUCAUGGGUUGGAACUGCCUGAGCUAUUUAGGGGAUUGUUCCACCGUCCUCCCCCUCUACUCCAAACGCUACGUCCUCUUCGUCACCACCAUCUUCACCCUCAUCCUCGUCGCCAUCGUCGGCCUCUACGGGCGCAUCUACUGCAUCGUCCGCUCCAGCCACGCCGAAAUUGCCACCGCCCAGAACUUGGCCGCCCAGACCUUGGCUUUGCUCAAGACGGUCACCAUCGUUUUGGGAGCCUUCAUCCUCUGCUGGUCGCCCGCCUUCAUCAUCCUCCUGAUGGACGCUUCGUGCCCGGUGAGGAAGUGUCGGGUGCUUUACAAAGCCAACUUUCACCCCAUCAUCUACGCCCUGAGGAGCAAGGACAUGCGCCGGGAGUUCCUCAGGGUGCUCUGCUGCUGCGGGGGGGGGCGUGGGGAGAGACCCCCCGGGCGUUGCGGGGUCCCCCUCCGCACCUCCAGCUCCUUGGAACGCUGCACCCCCAAAUACGAGCUGCCCACGUCGCCCGUCACCCGAGAGUGCACCACUUCUGUGUAA